UCCUCCUCAGUCGAUCCUGUGCGCUCGCCCGGAGCGCACCGCAGCAGCCAGUCGUCCUCCGCCCUGCCCGAGCGUCCCCCGGGAUAAGGAGAAAAAAAGAAGAAGAGAUAAAAAGACGAGCGAGGAACGUAGCAGGGGGAAGGGAACUCAGGGGCAAACCAGUCUCCCCCGGGGCGGAGGGAGGAAUUUUUAAUGAGGCGCCGCGGAGCCACGGGCAUGCUGCCGAGGAGGCAAGACUGACGCAGGCAGGUACGCAGGUGUCAGGAUGCGCUGGUUUCGAGCCCACACGGAAGCUCCGCGACUACUGAGCCUGAGUCCCCUGCGGACCGACGAAGAUGGAAACCAGGAAGUCGCCUCACCUCGGCUCCUCGCCCUAUCCAAGUUACGAGACAUGUCGCCGGUACGAUGGAGCCGGCGCAGGUCCUCGAGCUCCGAGGAGUCCGAGCGCAACUGCUACAACGUACAGACAUCGAGCGUGACGACCGAGCGCGUCACCUCAUCCUCCUCCGCGACCUCGAGCAGCGCCCACAAGAAGGAUAAGAAGAAGAUACGGGAGGAGCGGCGUAGGGUGUGCGAGAAGAUGAAUCCGCUGUUGGAGCGAGUGCGGAACGCCCGGCUGAACUUCGCCGGGCAGGAGGACGAGGGUCGUGAGCAGAGCCAGCAGUUCCGCUCGAUGUGCGAGCUGCGCGCAGGGGGCCUCGGCCGCGGCGACUUCCGGCGCUCGAUCUGCGACAGCGAGCUCAAGCAGAUGAUCCCGCGGGAGCAGGAGGAGGAGGAGGAGGAGGAGACCGAGGAGACGGAGCUCAAGGGCCGUAAGCGAAGGUUCGGUUGUCAGCGCGAGGAGCGCUUCGUACUCUUCGGCUUCAAGCUGAACGAGAGUCCGAAGCCGAGGAGGCGCAGAUGGCGGCGCAGCAAGGACCCCGCUGGCAGAAAGAGCGAUGCCGAGCACGAGGCAGGCGGGGUGAGGCACGCGGAGACCGAGGGACCCGGGCGCACCAAGUCAACCAAGUCCCAAGCAAAGGGGACGAGCGGGGGCUCGAGGCUCGACAGCCUGACCCCCUCGAGCUGCCUCGCGGCCAAAUUCAGGGCGAUCCAGAACAGGUACCUGAAGAGCUCGACGAGCAAACUCAUCGGCAAGAUCUACAAGAAGGAGGGCGGCCCCGGGAGCAACAAAGAGAAGGAGCGAAAGAGGUUGCGCAGCUUCUCGUACGGCACGUUGCCGGGCCUCGACGAGCUGCGCACGAAUCCGCUAUUCGAGGACCACGAGCAGGAGCCCGAGGACAACGACAACGACUCCGGCAUCCUCGAUAACGACUCGGCGACAAGUUCGCUCCUCGACGACCGCUGCAGCAGCAUCGCCUCGGAGUGCCCGGCCAUCGGCAUCUGCGAGCCCGCCGGCCUUCUCGGGCUACCGCCGAGGGUGCCACCGAGGCGACCGAGCGGCCCGCACUCCCAGCCCCGCAGAGACCUCCGGCUCAGCCGUAGCAGUUCGCUCCUCGACGAGACGGAGCCGCCGGCCCCGCGACACGAGCCGGCCGUGACUCCGGGCAAACUCGUCGCCAUAAGGAGCAACGCGAGCGUUAAGAAGACGCUGAUCGUUAAGCUGCCGCGCGAGACCAGCGACCAGUGCCUUGGCAUCUUCAUCGCCAAGACCCCGGACUCGGCGGGCUACCUCGUCGCUCACGUCGUGCCCAACGGCCUCGCCGACAACGAGGGCAGCCUGAGAAUCGGCGACGAGAUACUCAUCGUCAACGGCAAGAGACUGCGCGGCCUCACGAUGCCCGAGGCACGGAAGAUCCUGAGCAGCGGUGGCGCGCCCGGCGACAUCGACAUCGUCGUCUCGCGGAUGACGCCGAGCGACUCGCCCGUCCAGAAACGCCUCAUGGAGAGCAGCGUAGAUUACGAGAACGUGAGCAUCGAGAACGGGCACGGGGUCAUCGUCUCGCCCGAGGCCUCGCACUUCCGUAAACACCAGUCGAGACGACAGAAGAGCAAUCGCUCCGAGGACGGCAGCAAGCCCGGGAGGGACGUCGAGAAGUCCAUGGAGAGCCUCUCGAACUUCUGUACCCUGCCCAGGCGGCCCCGCAGCACCUUCUCCACCUUCCUCACGGUCGUCUUUGUCAAGGGUCCCGGCAAAAAGUCACUCGGCUUUACGAUCGUCGGCGGCAGGGACAGUCCAAAGGGGAGCAUCGGCAUCUUCGUGAAAUCGGUGUUGCCUGCUGGUCAGGCUGCCGAAGAUGGUCGACUGCGAGCCGGUGACGAGAUUCUGGCACUGAACGGGCAGAUAUGCCACGAUCUGACUCACCGAGAGGCCGUUCAGCUGUUCAGAAACAUUAAAAAUGGCCCCAUCGCUUUGCACCUCUGCAGGCGAGUUCGCAAUCGAGAGGCACAAGUGAUGAAAGCCAAAUCGUGCGCCGAUCUUCUAUUGGCCGACACGUGACGAAUGAAAUUUGUACAUUCUUAUAUAUACGAUUAAUUAUUAUUAAUAUUAAUAUUAAUGUUAUUAUUAUCAC